AUGUUGAAAGGUGUGGAAGAGAGGAUUGUGAAGGCCAUGGAAGAAAAAAUUUCUGGAAUUAAUUUAACGGUAGUGACAAAGCUGGAGGCUAUAAACUGGACGAUGGAUAAACGUGAGAAGAACCAGCGAGUUUUGAAGAAAAAGGCUAAGAAAAUAGAAGACAGGUUGACUUCUAUUGAAAGCAAGGGAAAUGAGGAUGAGGAAUAUAGACAGUGGAAUGAUUUUGAUUAUGGUAGAGAUCAUGGGAAGGAUAGAGAGAUGGCUGAGGCAGGGAAGGAUAAAGAGAAGGCUGAGACAUGGAAGAAAAACAGUGAGAAGGGUGAGGAAGACGAGGAAAACAGUGGGAAAGAUGAGGAAGACGAGGAAAAUAGUGAGAAGGGUGAAGAAGAGGAAGAGCAAGAACCUGAAAAAGACAAAGAAAACAGUGACUCUGUUGAGAAAGGCGAAGAAAACGUGGAGGAAUCAGAUGAAGAAGAUUCUCUGUUAAGGCUUCAAGAAAGAGUGAGAGUACAAGCGGAAGAAUUUUGGAGGACAAUUGAUGAUGAGUCUGGCGCUGAGAAAGAGGCUGAGAAAGAGGCUGAGGAAGAGGGUGAGAAAGAGGAUGAGAAAGAUGGUGAGAAAGAGGCUGAGAAAGAGGCUGAGGAAGAGGGUGAGAAAGAGGAUGAGAAAGAUGGUGAGAAAGAGGCUGAGAAAGAGGUUCAAGAAGAGAAAGAGGCUGAGAAAAAUGGUGAGAAAGAGGUUGAGAAAGAAGUUCAAGAAGAGAAAGAGGCUGAGAAAGAAGAAUCCAAGGGAACUCCUACCUCUACCGGAGUAAUAAUCAUUACACCACAUGGUAGAACUAAGGCAGCAGCUGCGAGGAAAGCUAUUCAGACUGAGAUUGCUGAGCUAGCUGAGAAAGAGGCUGAGGUAGAAGCUAUUCAGACAGAGCAAGAAGCUAUUCAGACUGCGAUUGUUGAGAAAGAAGCUGAGGUUACUGAGAAAGAUGCUGAGGUAGCUGAGAAAGAGGAUCAAGAUGUGGAUGAAGAGGAGGAAAAAGCAGAGGAAAGUGACAAGAAUCCUAAUGUCGAUCAAGAUAUUGAGGAAGAGGAGGAAAAAGCAGAGGAAAGUGAAGAUAAUCCUGUGGAGAGUCCCUCUGAGAAACAGACUGAGCUAGCUGAGAAGUUAGUUGAGGUAGAAGUAAAGACUAAGCGCAAGCCUAGGGUCAAUGUCAUUGCAGUGCCGUAUGGCAUUCCUAGAGCUGAGAGACUAGCAAAAAUGAGAGCUGAAGCUGAAAAAAAGAAAGCUAAAGCUGAGAGACUAGUAAAAAUGAGAGCUGAAGCUGAAAAAAAAGAAAGCUAA